GGGUCGACAUGCUAGGUGAAGAAGCAACACGAGUGUCUGGUUCAUCGGUUCGUUCAUUACGUUUCUUUGUUGCCCUCAGGAGACUCCAGCGCGUUCGCGGGGCGGUCAGAAAACAGGCCGCGGAGGACAAAGAGGACGACCCGACACAACGCGAUCAAAGCCUGGUCAACAUACACGAAGACAAUUUCUUCCGGGACGAGAUAGAUGAUUUCCACGACGCCAAAGAAAGAUUGCUACUCGAAGGCGAUGUGGCAGUUCUGAGGAUUGAGUGUAUGUCUAUAUAAUCGUUAGACGCUGAUUCGAGGUAACUACGCGCAGUAGAAAGCCGAG